AUGUGCACAGCCCUUAGCACACAGAGGUCUCUUAGCACACAGGGGUCUCUUAGCACACAGGGGUCUCUUAGCACACAGGGGUCUCUUAGCACACAAGGGUCUCUUAGCACACAGGGGUCUCUUAGCACACAGGGGUCUCUUAGCACACAGGGGUCUCUUAGCACACAGGGGUCUCUUAGCACACAGGGGUCUCUUAGCACACAGGGAUCUCUUAGCACACAGGGGUCUCUUAGCACACAGGGGGCUCUUAGCACACAGGGGUCUCUUAGCACACAGGGGUCUCUUAGCACACAGGGGUCUCUUAGCACACAGAGGUCUCUUAGCACACAGAGGUCUCUUAGCACACAGGGGUCUCUUAGCACACAGAGGUCUCUUAGCACACAAGGGGUCUCUUAG